AUGGAUACUUUGGAUAUAAAAUGGGAGCACACUUGAGCAGCCGACCUGGUGACGAGUAAACUCGUUGAGUAUUUUCAAAAUGAAGAGAAUUAUAAAAUCCCUUUUAUGAUCUCUAUUACAGGAAUUCCAGGUAGUGGGAAAUCUAUUUCCUCAGGUAUUUUGAAGGAGAAUCUCAAUGAGUUGAUCGCAUCUUGUGGCAAGCUGAAGGAUUUAAAUAUUCAGAUCCUAACUUUACAAAUGGACGGGUUUCAUUUGUAUCGCUCUGAAUUAGAUGAAAUAGAAAAAUUUAACUCAGAAGUUUUAGAAGGAGACCAAGUGAAAGCACACUAUUAUAGAGGAGCUUAUUGGACUUUUAACUCAGGAUCUUUUCUUGAUAGGCUAAAACAAUUGAAAGACCCUGAAAUUAGUAUUGUUAAAUUUCCUUCUUUUGAUCAUGCAGUAAAAGACCCAGAGGAAGAUACAUUUAUUGUAUCUAAAUAAGAUUGAUGAGAAUUCUAUUCCAACAAUAAUAAUUACUGAAGGAUUAUACUUGCUCUUAAAAGAUGAGCCAAAUGAGACUACUUAUAGUGGGAAAAUACCUGAUAAAGAGUCUCAUUUAUCCAAUUGGAGCCAGAUCUCAGAUUUAUUUGACUAUAAAAUAUUUAUAGACUGUGAUCUAGACACUUCAAUGGAAAGAGUAGUCAAAAGGAACUCUGAAGCUAUUGGAUUUGACAUCGAAUACUGACAGAAAAGAGUCCAAGAAGUCGAUCGUGACAAUGCUUUGCUUGUAAUCCAAAACAAAGUCCAUGCCGACCUCCUCGUCACCUUCCAGCACGAUUCCGAUAGACUCUCAUAACAAAU